UGGUGGAACGCUACUGCAGAACCAGUGUAUGAAGGACUAGUACAUAGACAAACACACACUUAAAUAACCAGUACAUAGACUGUUACAGAACCAGUCUUUAGAGCACUAGUACAUACCAGUACACAGUCUCACAAGCUGGUUUUUUCCGUUGGCUCUCAUAUUAACCUAUGUAGGAUGUGAUACCAGUCUGUUUUCACCACCACCCCGUUACACCGUUACAGUACAGCUGGGAUCUUGUAUUCUUUUUGAAGCUGAAGUUGUUGCUUUUUGAAUCUCUAGAUCUGUGUGUUAAUUGUGUGGGAAGGUUUUCUAUGAAGAAAGUGUUCUCCAUGUGUUCUGUGAUUAUAGUCGUGUGGUGUUUAUCCGGUUGCUGGGAUUAAUGCAUUUCUGUGCGGCUUAAUACCGUCGUCAUUGGUCGAUCAGCAUAUCUGUUAAUUGGAUUUCGAUCAUCGCACCUGUAAUUUGGAUUUCAGUGCCUGUUAAUAUUGUUUCUCGUUGAUCAACACGCCUGUCAUGUAUUUCGAUAUCUGUUGAUACUGAUUGAUCACCACACCUGGGUAUUAGAUUUCACUACCUGUUAAUAAUGCUAUUGAUCAUUUCACCUGUUCGCUGAUUUCAAUACCUGUUAAUUGUGUUAUUGAUUAUUGAACCUGUAUCUUGGAUUAAUUAGCCUGGAUAAUAUAUAUAUAUAUAUUGUUUGUUGUGCGGAAUGGGAACAUGCCGCUUGGUAAGAAGUGGCGAUCGUUGGAUUUAUUUGGAUCUUAUGAGAAUCUGUUUCUUCAUUCCGAUCACAAGAAGCAUCGACACAGUCACCUAUUUCGCCCCAGACUCUCCAGUCUAAGUGCCAAGGAGGAUGCUGUGUCAUCCAAGAAAGGGGAUGAACCUCCUGAAGGCAGCCAGAUUAAGUUGGUUCAGAGAUGCGUCAUCAUACAGAAAGACGAGAAAGGCUACGGGCUGACGGUGAGCGGAGAUAACCCCGUGUUCGUACAGUCCGUCAAACAAGAUGGCGCUGCAGCCCGAGCAGGAGUUCUGCAGAAUGAUCGGAUAAUUAAGGUGAAUGGUACGCUGGUAACAAACAGAAAUCACAUAGAUGUCGUCAAACUCAUUAAAUCGGGAUCCUAUGUAGCCUUGACCUUGGUGGGGAAGCCACACCCUAGUUUGGGUUCGACACCGUCCAUAAAACAAGCGUCUUUCCGGGACACUUCCGGAGGAAGAGUCACUGCUCCACAACCGGUUGAUCCGGAAAAAGACCGCGAACUAUGGCAGCAGAAAAUUCACACCGUACAGGCCAUGUUGGAACAGGCCAGGGAAGAUACGGAGAAAAUGCAAAGGACGUAUGUUAAAAACCCCAGUGAAAAAUUGCACGCACAGUUGAUAGAGAAGGAAAAGACAGUAAAAAUUUUAGAAAAUCAACUUAGAAGUGCUACUGGCUGUCAGUUUGAACCAACGACACCCGGUCAGUCACUGAGACCCGACUCCAUCAUCUCGGACUUUGACCCCAUGGAACACCCGACCUCGCCUUCCUGGUACCAGCAGACGGAGGGCAUGCGGCGACACAUAAAGCAGGCGUCUGUGCCUGUGGCCCUGUAUAAAACGGGCGAGUCGAGAGAGACUCGGUCCAGCCAGGUGUCGCGGUCGAAAUCGGACGUCACGACGCGGCGUCAGGCCGCGUUCUCGAUGCACCAUCACGUUAGCUACAGUAGCCAGGGCAGAGAGUUCAGACAAGAGGCAGCUGGCAGCAUUAUAAAGAAAAUUAAGCGGGCCGUUUCAUUACCGACGACAGUGUCCGAUGCGGGAAGCAUGUCAGACAGUCCGACCACAAGUCCUAGCGUGUCGCCCACCCCGACACACCCUAACAACAUGAGAGAUAUCGACGAGGGGAGCAGCAAGGUCGAUUCUGGCAUUGAAGAUGGUGUGACGUCAGUGCCACAACAGAUUAUCAGUAUGGAAGAUGAGGACUUCAAUUCGGAGGAGGAACAGUUGGAAGGGAAACUAUGGACAACACGUCCCGUUUCCCCACUGCUCAGCAAACUACAAACCCUCGAGUCGAGCGACCCUGGUCCAUUUGUCGACAUCACGACUCUAGAGAAGAAACCAGCACAUCUUUCUAUUUUUCUUCAUUAUCUCAUCUCAAACAGCGACCCGUCAUCACUGUUUUUCUACAUGGUGUCCGAUGUAUAUUCGCACGCCCAGGGCAGUGUGAAGGAUCUACGCAAGUGGGCAUACGAAAUAUAUUCCACGUUUCUGGCAGCUAAUGCACCUCUGAAAGUGGAGAGUGUGGAGGACAAGAUGCUGGACACACUAGUGAUAACGUUGCAGUCGUCCAGCGAGACCAUGCUGCGGUCCAUGUUCGACCACGCGCGGCAGGCCGUCAAGGUGGAGAUACAGGAUCUGCUGCUCGACUUCAGAAACAAGAAGGAUCUCGGUCUGGGAAACAUCUACGGGGCCCAUGAACUGCAGGAGGACAUGGACCGAGCGAAAGAACAAAAAGCCAUAGAAAAAUACCUGGUGCCUCACUUAGACCGGUUCUCUAAAGAGAACAUCAAGUCGGACCGGGACCAGGCGAUGGGCUGGGCACUCGUGACGUUUCUCAAACAGGUGGGCAUGACGAAGGCCGUGCCCAUGGAGCGGGUGCAGAGUUUCGUCAUGAAGGACAAGAAGGGACUUAAGUUCCUGCCCGGGAAGUCAGGGAAGGGCAAGACACAUAAAGGUCACCAGCUGACCUCCCAGCAUUAUUCGUCUGUGACCUUCUGUAAUCAGUGCAGAGGUCUCAUUUGGGGCGUCGGAUACCAGGGCUUUCAGUGCCAGUUGUGUGAAAUCAACAUCCACAAGCAGUGCGUGGACGACUUGGUGGAGAUGUGUAGUGGUAAACACAAGAAGGGCGACCGCAAGUCACGGUCAGGCUCGGGGUUAGCUCUGCCGCUACCUGGUCGGAAACAGAGCAACCCAAACAAAGAUGCAGGGAUCUCUGCUCUUGUAGUGCAAGAAGUGAUAAACGACGUGUGCGAUUCGAAGGCGGAAAUCUCCAUCCAGACGCAGCCAUUCAAGAGUCCUGACGAGCAGAGUGAACUCGACGUCAUACUUUCCAAAAUAGCUGGUCUGCCUGCUGGCCAUUCCGUGAAACACAUCAUCGAGAGAUACGAGGUAGACAGACCCUCGGACAAACAGACAUCAGACAAACCAGCAGACACCCCACAAACAAGUAAAGACCUCGGCAGAUCCGAGAGCAUGAAAGGGAGAGGCGAGAAAAGUGAUCGUCCCACUAGACGUGCCAAGAGUGAUGUUGAGAUGGAUGACAACACUGUUAAAGCUCUCAACCAAUCGGGUAGCUCUUCCACAUCAAGUCUGUCCAAUCGAAGCUUGGAGAGCCCAAACGCCUUACAAGAAACCAUGAAUGAGAUUACCGCAGACUCCGACUUCGAAGUCGACACAGAAUUACCUCCCUUGAAGAAGGUCCUUGGCGACGAUGUCAUGAAGAAACUGAAACCAAAAGAGAAGAAACGACAAGAAGUUUUAAAUGAACUGUUCUACACGGAGAGGGCUCAUGUGCGGAAUCUGAAGAUUCUCGAUCGCUUGUUUCAUCGCCUGAUGCUUUCAGAGGGCGGCGUCACGUCCGACCUAGCCAAAGCCUUGUUUCCCAACCUCGAUCAAAUGAUUUCCUUCCACUGUAGUAUGAAUAAUGAGAUGAAGAAACGUAGACAGGAGAGUCCAUGUGUCGACCAAGUUGGUGAUAUUUUAUUAAGAAGGUUCGACGGAGAGGCUGGGGAGGAAUUCCGCCAGGGAUGUGCCGAGUUCUGCAGAAAUCAAACGUUCGCCCUGGAAGCCCUGAAGAAACAGCAGCGCAAAGACCAGAGGCUUUCCCAGUUCCUUAAUGAGGCAGCUAUGAACCCACUGUGUCGCAGGUUUGAGCUCAAAGACCUCAUCCCCACCCAGAUGCAGCGUUUAACCAAAUACCCUCUUCUCAUAGACCAGCUCCUUAAAUAUACUCAAUCAUCCUCUGAGGAGUACCAGCACCUGGAGAGGGCCCAGAAGAAGAGCAAGGCAAUCCUGGCGUACGUGAACCAGGCCGUGAAGGAGUGCGAGAACUACCACCGCCUCAAGGACAUGCAGAAACGCCUCGACAAGCGCUCCAUAGAGAACUCAAACGACCCUCACGUAGAGGAACUUAAGAAGCUGGAUCUGCUGCAGCACAAGCUGGUACAUGACGACCACCUGAUGUGGCGGCUGCGCCCGAACCGCCUGAUGGACGUGCACGUGCUACUGUUUGAGGACAUCCUUGUGUUGCUGCAGAAGCAGGAUGACAAGCUGAUCCUCGGCCAGAUCAACCUGUCGCCGCGCGUCGACCGCGACACCAAGGACCGCGACGCCAAGGACACCAAGGACAAGUACAGCUACACGCACAGCCCCGUGCUGCAGAUACGCAACCUGCUCGCCAGAAAUGUCGCCGUCGAUAAAAAAGCCUUUUUUGUUGUAAAUACAUCUGCAAUUGGACCUCAAAUUUACGAGUUCGUCGCAGAAUCUCAAGAUCAAAGGAAAAAGUGGUUAAAACAUAUCAAUGACCUCGUGGAUGAGCAGAAGAAGCAGCAUCUGAAGAGUCCCUCCAAUAGUAAUAUGCAGCCCACCCCCCAGCAGGAAGAAAUUACAUUAAUACGACAAACAUUAACACGCGAGCACUCCAACCAGAAGUACGACUCUCCGUCAGCGGAAGCGAGAGCAGAACCGUCGUCGCGCCCAGCUGGUCUGGUUGCGAUAAACAACCCCGAGGUAGCCGACGUCUACCAGGUGGCCGACACGACACACCACUUGAUACAGCCCGACGAGGUGGACAUCUCCAACACUGUCACCACGGUCGCCGAGUCUGUGUGCACCCCUAUUGAGAAACUACGUCGGAACGACGAACGGUUAAAGACCAUUCUUGAGGAAAGGGAGACAAUUCUUAGAGAGAUGAGAAACCAUGGUUACACCGAGAAGUCGACCGACUCCCAGGGUGUGACUGGCGAGAUUUGCGAUGUGGAUGAUCGUGACGAGAGACAGCUGGUAGUUAGCGCCAUGGAGCAGAACAAUCAGCUGAUGAGCCGUAUUAACUGUCACUAUAACUCCCUCACCCCUCCAAGCCCUCACAUGUCGGCACAGCUGGCUUCUCCAAAGGGAGAGCAGCAGAAAGCGUCGAUUCCGAUACCGAUGGAUCAACUCCGAGACAUGGCGACCAGAAUGAAUCAAAUAUUGACAAACUUGUUGGCCGCGGUGAACAGUAAAGAGGACGAGCGAGGUCACCUGAGAGAGGAGCUGCGUGAGGCGCAGGCCAAGCUGAACAAGUUGCGAGAGCUGCAGCGUGCCGCCAUGGGCAUCAUGCCAACGCCGCAGAGUCGCCCGGCUAGCUUCGUGUCGGUCGCGUCGUCCAUCUCGGAGACCACGGAGGAGGAAGAGGCGGGGGGCGCAAUGGGGGCCGAGGGAAACGAGACAGUCGAUGACAUGGUCUCCAAAAUUUCCGAGGAAGCUCGGAACAUGAUGAGCGAUGCGGAAAUGCUUCGACCCGGAGUGGACGAAAUGUCUGACACCGAAGUUCAAAACCUGAUGUCGAACGAGUCGAAUGAAACCAUCGUAAGGGAGACCACUCUGAUAACCAACUCUCCAUUCGUGGAGUCUGUGACGGAUUUGGAUGUUGAUACUAAGGACACUGAAGUGCUGAAAGCACAAGAAGAAGGAGGAGGAGGUGAAACGGAGAAAGAGAGAGAGAAGGAUGUUGAGAAAUCGGUAGAGGAAGUGCUGCGGGAAGUCGACAGGGUGGAGAAGACGAUGAAACUGGAAGCAGAGAAUGAGUCGGAUAAAGAAACGCAAGACGUGGAAAACGCUGAAAGAGAACUGCAUGCAAAAAUGAGCGACAGUGACGACGACAACUAUCAUGACGUCACCGACGGCAUCGAGAUAACGACGGACGAUAACAGAGUGAACAAUAACGAUUUGGAAAAGCCGGGAAACUGCGCCACCGUCGUGGAGGAAGCGGAAUUCUUUGGUGGCGGAGAGGAGGAGCCCUCCUCCGUAUCGCAGGUUGCCAUGGAAACGGAGUCGUCGUCAGAAACUCUGACCUCAGACCCUCCCGUGGCGGCCGAUUAUGGUGGCGGUGUCGUCGACGACAACAACGAUGGCGUACAGGGGUCCAUGACAACAGACCUGGACGAAGGUGGUGCUAGUGACCUUGACCUUGACCCUGACGUCAGUGUUAUUCCUAAUUCGCUCGAAUCCGGGGAAACGGAUUUAGAUGCUGUGACAAAACCGGAGCAGCUGACACUAAUGGACGUCGGCAAAGUUGGCCAGGAAAAAAGUGAAAAGUGUGAUUCGGAAUCAACUGCGGAUACAGCAGACGAAAGGCAGGCAAAACCAACGGGCCCUAUAGAAAUAUAAAAAAAAUAUAUAUAUAUAUACAUAUAUAUAUCACUAUCCAUACCUGUACAUAUAUAACAUAUACCCUGAUGCCCUUAUCUGUAUAGUUUGGCAUUAAUUGUUAAUGUACAAGUAAUAAUAGUCUGUUUAUAAAAUAUGCAAGAUAUUAAAUUGAAUUAUUCC